AUGGCCAAUCCUGUAGGCGAGGAGAGUUGGCUGGCCUAUCUCGACGAAACCACCCGCAACGCCUCCGAUCUCGAGCAGCGCGUAAAUGUCGUCGAACUUUUCAAACGCGCUGUCGGCGCGGAGCCUGGCAGCCUGCGAAUAUGGCUGGCAUACUGCAAUUUCUUCUGGUCUCUUUGGGCGGACAGCCAAUCUGAUGCUGCUGGGUGGCCAGAAGAGGAACAAAUGAUGGGCCGCGAGCUUUUCUCGUUUGGAUCUGCCCUUGAUCUGUGGCAGCAAGGUUACGAGGCCAUCAAAUAUCGCAUCAACGACAGCCAUAUUCUCUGGAACCGCUGGAUAUCGCUAGAAAGGGAGCUGCUGGAGAAGACGAAAACUCCAGAGGGUGUUAAGCGCAUCACGCAUCUGUACCGUGACCGACUGACGACGCCUCAUCUCACUUGGGACGACACGUCGCAAAUGUACUCGAGUUUCUUGUCGGAAUACAAUCGCGCCGGAUGGGAGGAAUCCAUGAAAGACGUCACCGCACUAUCCCAGGACGCAAAGCGCCUAAUGGCGGAGCGGGAUUCCUUUGAGCUUAAAUUGCAACAGGCGUCCAGAGCGGACGACACGGAGGCCCAAAAGAAAAUCAUGACUGAAUAUCUUGAAUGGGAGACAUCACGCACCCAUGACGGACAAGGCAUUGCUGACAUCAAUUUCAACCUCUGCUGUGGACUCUAUGCCAGAGCGUUGACCGGGAUAUUCGCAUCCGACGAAUCGGUUUGGCACCAACAUAUAGUCUUCCUCUCAUCCUCGUACGCCGAUUCAAAAGCCCCUGAAUAUCUACUCAACGCCCUCCGCCGGGCCGUUCAGCAUUGCCCCUGGUCUGGUCGCUUAUGGAAUAGGUUAAUUCUAUGUGCGGAAGAGGCGAAAUUGGAUUUUGCUGAAGUGGAGUCAAUCAAGCAUGCCGCGACGAGCGAAAAUCAGCUCUACAAGCACGGCAUGGAGAGUAUGAUCGAGAUGUAUGUGGCGUGGUGCGGUUUCCUAAAACGAACAGCGAUGGACGCGAGCGCUACGGAUGAGGCUGUCGAUGUGGCUGAUGUAGGGCUGAGUGCCGCUCUCGAGGACGUUGAGGUUGUGGGCAAGAGACUGUACGGCAAAGACUUUCAGGGCGACCCCAAGUUUAGACUUGAGCGUAUCUACAUCCAGUACCUGACUGAGAAGAAGCGAGCGAUAGACGAGGCAAGAAUGCAGUGGAAUAAGCUAGCCAAGGCCCAAAUCCACGCCGACAGUCACGAUUUUUGGUUUCGCUAUUAUAUGUGGGAGAUGCUCAUCUUUUCUUCCACCAGCACGAGCAACAGUCCCACACCCUCCUCUGGAGGAGUCAAUUUCCGGAUACCAGUGCUUGCCACCGCUGUCCUUCAGCGUGCUGUAAACCGGCAGACUAUUGACUGGCCCGAAAAGGUGUUGGAGGUUUACAUGCAGCAUUGCAACGAUUAUGAACAAUCGCAUUCCGUACGCCGAGCGGCAGAUGCCGUGCAGAAAGCUGAAAGGAAUAUUGCGAAGCGACGCGCUCUUGAAGAAGAGGAGAAGGCUGCGGCCUAUGCUGCAUAUUAUGGCACGCAGCCAGCAGACCAUAACGAAGAGGUUUCAGAGGUCUCCCCAGGCCAGUCUAAGAGAAAACGAGAAGAUCCAGUGGAUUCCCAAGAACCCGACAAUACCAACAAUAAGCGCCAAAAGAACGACCACGAAUUGCGUGAAACACAGUCUGGACUACGGAGAGACAGAGAGAACACAUCCGUACUCGUCACAAAUCUCCCUGCCGAGGUCACGCAGACAAAGCUCCGCCAGUACUUCAAGGAGUAUGGUCACAUCAAUAAUAUUACAGCACUGGUGCGAGAAGAAGAUGGUCACUCAUCAACGGCAAUGAUUGAAUUCAGUACUCCAGAAGAAGCUCAAUCUGCAUUACUCAGAGACGGCAAGUUCUUUGGGCAGUCCCAGAUUGAUGUGCAAUCAGCACAUGAUUUAACCAUCUACGUAACCAACUACCCGCCUGCGGCUGAUGAAAAAUACAUUCGUCGGUUGUUCAAGGAUUGCGGAGAUAUUUUGAGCAUUCGAUGGCCCAGUUUGAAGGUGAAUACGCAUCGCCGAUUCUGUUACGUGUCUUUCCGUGACAGUGAAGCAUCUGCCAGAGCAGUGGCAAAAGAAGGUACUAUUCUCGAAGACAAAUAUAAGCUCUUGGCUAAGUACUCGGAUCCCAAUCGCAAAAAAAGCCGCGAGGGUGCUGUUGCUGAGGGCCGAGAAGUUCAUGUCUCGGGAUUGAGCCCCUCGGCUACAGAAGAUGAAAUCCGCGAAAUAUUCUCAAAAUACGGAACCAUUUCGAGAAUAAACGUUCCCCGAAACAUAAGCGGCAAGGGCCGGGGAUUUGCGUUUGUCGACUUUGCAACUAAGGACGAAGCCGAAAAGGCUGCGUCAGAACUGAACAAGACCAAGUUCCUUAACCAGAUACUCCACGUCGAGAUUUCAAAGGCUUCAAAUGUGAAGCCCACGGCUCAUACUGCCGACAUUGCCGCACGCACCAUCGCCCUCAUGGGCCUGCCUGACACGAUUAAUGACGCUCGAGUGCGAGCGCUUGUUGAGCCAUUUGGGCCCAUUGUUAAGCUAGUUCUACAGCCAGGCCAUGGUGGCGCAAAGAUAGAAUUCGCAGACUCUUCUGCUACGGGCAAGGCAAGUCUACAGCUUAGCAACGUCGAGUUUGAAGGCCGCAAACUACAGGUUGGAUCUCCUGAUGAUCUCCGUCACGCCAAGGCCAGGAGAAUGGAAGAUCGCAUUGUCCCCCGUAGCCAGAGUUCGGCCAAGAAAGACAAGCCAGCUAGCACCACAGCGAACAGCUUCAUGCCCUCGUCGGUUAUGAGGCGGCCUACCUUAGGAAGACCAGGUCCAAAGCGAGGGCUCGGUUUCUCUGCCCCAAGAGUAACACCCGGGUCGAAUGUAAAAACCGAUGGUGAAAGUACAAAGCCAGCAACGAAGAGCAACGCGGACUUCAAGGAGCUAUUUUUGAGAGGUUCCAACCCGAAGAAUAACGCCGAGAAGACUGACUAA